AUGAACUUUGAGAAUGAAGAAUAUUAUGAAAGAAUAAUGAACAAAGAUCAAGAGUCUAGCAGCUAUUCAGAAACUAGUAACAGUUGUUUUAGUUCAAAUAAACAGGAAAAUUAUGAAGAAAUAAGUAUUAAAAGCUGCCACACAACACCAAAAAGAUUACUAAAACAUAAUAAAAAUGAUAGCGACAAUGAGAGUCUGCAACAAAAAAUUAGAUCAAAAAAGAUUGCAAGAAAUGAACUGAGUGAAUUAAAAAAAAUUGAAAUUGAAUUGGUAAAAGAAAUGGAUUCAGCAAGAUCUACAAGUAGAAAUUCAUCCGAAAAUAGGAAAAAAAAUGAGAAUUGCUUAUUGAAGAAAAUAGAUAGAAUUUCUUUGUUAGAAUUAGAAAUUCUAACCGAAACAAUUAAUAUUGAUUCAAAAAACAAUGAUCAAAAUGCAACAAUACAAGAUAUUCUUUUAUUUAUUGAUCGCCUAAAGGGUAUAUUUGCAAUAUUGAAUAAUAAAAAGAUCCUAUUUCCACUGGAUUAUUAUAAGAAAUGGAUUUUAGAAUAUAACAAAAUAACAAAUUAUUUAUAUAAUUCAAAUAAAGAAUUAAUAAUAAAUUAUGAAUAUAAUUUGAAAUUAAAUAUUGAAUCAAUUAAAUUAAUCCGAUCAUUUUUUUAUUAUUUUCACAAUUUGUCUGAAUUAUUUCUCAAAGAAAAGAAGAAUAAUAAAAAAAUAACAAACAACAAUUUUAUAUUAAAGCAAGAUAACAUCAAAUUAUCACACUUAAUUAAAUCAUUAAAAUUUAAUUCUUCGAAUAAAGAUAGUAAGAAAUUGGGCAACCUAUCGAUUGAAAAAAUAUUGGAAAUGACCAUAAAUAGUGACAAUACUAUUGAAAAAAAAUUUAUUGAUGUAAUAGUUGGUUCUGACGAACAGAUUAAUUUGGUAAAUGGCAGUAUAGAUAAUAACAAUAGUGUAAAUGAUCAUAUUCUCACUAAUCUUAUUUCAAAUGAAAAUAAUCAAACUUUAUCAAAAAUAGACUCAAUUAAUGAAAUAAGUAUGUUGAGAACUGGGAGAUUUCAAGAUGCUCAAAAUUAUAGGGAAGGAAUAAUGAAAAUAACACAGGAAUAUAAUGGCCUUUAUGACCGUACUAGAAAUGAAUAUAUUGAAAGAUUACUAGAAAGACAAAAAAAUCAUGAUAUGGAAAUAAAAUUAAUGAUAACAAGCCACAAAGAAGAUAUCGAUAAAAUGAAUGAUUAUUUUAUCGAAGAAAAGAAAAAGAUAAGUGAACAGCAUGAUAGACAAUUAAAUGAGUUGUUACAGGAGAAUAAAAGAAAAAUUGAUAUUAUGAAAUCAGAUCAUUCUUUAGAAUUAAGGUUAGUACAACAGAAAUAUAAACAAAUUAUUAAUGAUAAUAAUAAAGAAAAAGAUAAUUCAAUUCAAGCCUUCAAGAUAAAAUUUGAGCAUAUAUUGAUUGAUAUGGAAAGUAAUAAAGAUAGGGAAUUGUUAAAUAUGCAAAUAGAGUAUGAAGAUAAAAUCAAUGAAUUAAAAGAGAAUUAUAAAAACAUUAUCGAUAAUUUAGAAUUAGAAUUACAAAGAAAAGAAUUACAGUUCCAAGAAGAAAAAAAAAUGAUAAUUAAUGAAUUUGUUGCAGCUCACAAAAAAGAGGUUGAGAUUCUAAAGAGUCAAUCAAUUAAAUCUUUUGAUAACUUUGAUAGAGACAUUGAGAAUAAAUCAGCCAUUGAUACAAACACCUCAAACAAUGACAGUAUAAAUAAUGAAAAUAUUGAAAACAAUAAAAAAGAUACGAUCAUUUUGAGUGACGACAAAAAAUACAAUGAAAUUAUCAAGAGAUUAGAUAAUAUCACAAGUAGAAGUUCUUUAAAAGUUGAGGGUGGUAAGAUUGGAUUUUGUGAUGAUAAAUAUACAAUAACUACAAAUUCAACUGCAUCAUCUUCAGCCAUUCCAUCAAACAAUGUAUGUUAA